AUGACGUAAAUUAAUAUUUAGUUUAUAAAUCAUAAUCAUUAUUGUGUCAUUUUACUCGAGCAAAUUAAAAAUAGAAAUUCAGAAAUAACAAUAUUUAUGCUCAAUAAUUGUGGGGAAUUCCUAAGAAGAAUCGACUAAUUCGGCGCUAGUUAUAAACCUAGCUAUGCCUAUGGAGAAGUUCAAUACAAAACCUCUUUGGGAGGGUUGCUUUCAAUUGUUUUAUACGGAUUAAGUUUAGCUUAUUUGGUAUACGAAAUGGUCUUGUGGAGAUCUGGGAGAAUACUCCCAAAAAUCACAUCCUUAAGCACAGAAAUUGAAACCUAUCAACUAUCCUUUGAUAAAGUAACUAUAGCAUCCUUUUGUUUGAGAAGGCACAAAAGCAUUUAAGAUUAAAUUGACCCUUUUGAUCCAGAUCAUGUGGUCUUACUACCGAUGCUGUAUGAAAUAAUUGAUGAUGAGAUUCAAUAGCCAAAUCCGUUACUUUCGACUAAGAAAUCCGAGAAACAUGAAACCAUACUAAUAGAGCUCAAAGACUUGGUAUUGUCAAACAAUGAACAUGAAUCCCUGGAUCACCCUAAUAAGGAAUACAUGCUCAUUUUAUAACAAUGUGUUUAGCAUCUCUUACCCUCAGGUUGGAAUUGUGCAAAUGAAGAUACAAUAAAGAAGUUCUUUAAUCAAAAAUAGAACCAAUUGACCAUCCAAACAUAUGUUAAUUAAUUUAAUACUUCUACAAGACAACUAGAUUUAGUCGAACAAGAUUAUUAUGCUUCCAUCGAUAAUAAGACUACCUAUUUCAGUCAAAUUACCAUAUGCACCUCAAAUGUAUCCAUAGACACUGGGUUUUUAUUGGAGAGCAUAGAGACGAUGGAGUUUCCAAGUUCCACUCAAUAAUAUAUACAGCAGAUGGACUUGGAUUAUUUCACUCACACCUUUAGUGAGGAUGUGUACGUUGUAUUUGAGUUUGAGUUGGGAACCUUGUAGUAAACUGUCUUUGUUGAAUAUCCGAAAAUAUCUGAGGUGCUAGCAAACAUCGGAUCUAUCAUUUCAUUCUUCUUAUUCUUUUCACAUGUUGCCUAUUUAAUUAACGAGAAGAAUCUAGAAUUAAGAGUAGUAAGAACUCUAAUCGAGAUGUACUACCCAUAAAUGAAAUAAGUUACUUUCAUUAAGAAUUUCUUUGGCAAAGUGAUCGAAAUCAGAUAUCAAAAUUCAAGAGUAGCACUCUCAUUCUUACAUACUUAUAAGAAAUUGUUGAAGAUUGCUUCUGACAAACUGUGUUUAACAAAUACUCUUUAUGAAAUUUCGAGGUUAUAAUUCAUUGUUAGGUCAUUAAGUGAUAAGGAAGUGCUCAAAAGUUGUCAUGAAAUUGGAAUCAGAUUAAAAUUUAUUGAACUUGAAUAAGAAGUUGAGAAAAAAAAUGCCAUAAAAAUCGAAAAUAUGAACAAUAAUCAAGAACUGAGAUAAGAGAUCAUAGAUAAUAGCUCAAUAGAUGAUUAAAAUCGCAAUAUCCUAAAAAUUGUAAUUCUUUAUUUUCUAUUAUCUAGAUGCCUUAGUCUAUGGUUGAUGUCCCUCAAUAGGUUGUAUAAUUCUAAUAAUUGAAUCAAUCGCAAAGUCUAUUCCUGGGAAAGAACCUGCAGAUACCAGAGUCGAUAGAUGACGAAUUGAAAUUGACUGAUGAAGAUUUCUAUGUCCUUAUGUAGCAACAACCUAAAAUGAAGGACUUAAAUGCAGUUGAAUUAUAUGAAACUGUGACACCCAAAGCUCAUCCCCAAAAUAAUCAAAAUAAUUCGUAGAAUUGA